CAAUUGAAGACGUUGAGGAUGAAGAAGGGAUCCACAGCUCAGUGUGUUUGCUUGGUUGAUGAGUCUUGCAAUUGGACAAUGCGUCCAUGUCUCUCUAGUGAUGUGAAGCUUCACCCAAAGCCUAUCAGCGUUUUCAGCAUGGCUAAAGUUUUCUCUGAGCCGAGUCAAAAGUGGUAUGAACCAGAAUGGUGGAAGUUUGGUGAUAAAAAAUUAUAUUUUCGCCAUGCUUCAGGUGAGAUGUAUGUCAUUUCUCAAGGUCUGGCCAAAUUUGUUUGAAUAAAUUGCUCCUAUCAUCAUUAGUUUCGUCAAGGAACAAGCGGUACCACAAAAAAAAAAAAAAAAAAAAUUGAUGUAAUUGGGAGUGGAAAAACUUUUACCAUGAAAUCAUUGCCUCUAAAAGCAUCACGGGACAUCUUGAGGUUGAUGCACCAUACUUACCGCAGUCAGGGAUUUCAGUUGUUUGUAAGCUUGUUGGAAAUAUAUGGAGGAAAACUUUUUGAUCUC